AUGAAGGUUUGCCUCGUUCUCCUUUCUGGGCUCCCAGGGGCGGGAAAAUCGACGCUGGGCCUGGCGUUAAAGCAACUUGCAGGGGCGGGUAAGCCCGCGGGGGAGGGCGCAGAUGCUCAAUCCUGUGGAGUGAUUGAGGAGGUGCUUGAACUGGACACAUUCAUGUCUUCCAAUGACGAGGAGAAUGCGAUGCAAGGUGGUGGGGCGGCCUUCACCCCAGAAACGUGGAAAAGGGCCUGCAACGAGGUGCGUGAGGCGGCGUCACAGCGGCUGCGCCAAUGCCUGCAAACCGCUGAGGAGGAGGACAGGACGAGGAAUGGGUCAAAAACGGGAACACCCACGACACGAUUUGUGUUUUUGGUGGACACCUUAUCAUAUCGAAGCAUGAGGGCGUCCUACUGGAAGCUUUGCAGAGACUUGGACAAGGAGCUGCUCCGACAUUAUUGGGGGCGCAAUAAGGCAAAGAGCGAAGGCGGCUUCCGUCUCCCUGACGACAUUGUUUUUGUAAACAUGGUGGAGGUGAGACUGAAUACGCCACUUGAGGUUUGUCUCGGGCGCAAUGAACACCGCAUCGAGACACCACAAUAUGUUCCUCCUCAUGUCAUUGCAAGUAUGAGUGAGUCUUUUGAUGUUGGCCUUGACGUUUCUGCCAAGCCUCGAGUGGACGAUAAUUGCUGGGUGACGCUGCCUCGGCAGUCCACUGCCCCGUGGCCAGUGAUACGGCUUGAGGAUGUGAACGCAAGCUGUGGUUUACCUCCAGCAGCGCUUGCCCAAAGGCUUUUGGAACGACUCCUUUCACAGGACGUAAUGGAAGAGUUGGAGGAGCAAGGCAAAGCCCUCUUUGAAAGUGAGACGAAGAGACGAGAAAAAGAGAGGGACAAGCAGAGCCAGCAACAACUGUGUGAUUCAGUGAAGGCCUCCCGUAGUGGUUGGCUUCACCAGGCGGAUCUGCGUCUUCGUGCGGCUGUGCAGCGUCACAUGGAGGAAUUAAAAAAGACUGGUAACCUGCAGCCAGGCAUUGGCGCUCUCGUAAGCAAAUGCAGAGAGGAGCAAUAUGCACAACUAAAGGCGAUGCUUGCGUGUCGAAAAGAGGACGAGACAUUUGAUGUGUGCAAGGAGCUGCUGCUGCACGAACUGAUGCUCGAGUUUCAACGGAGACUCCUCGCGUUGUGA